AUGGUGGACGCAAAGAACAACGAGGCGAUCGCCCAGGCCGAGAACGAGAAGCCUAUCGCCUCUCCCUGCGCUAUCCGUUACAAGGUCGAAUGUGAGGACCAGUUCGGUCCCGACUUCGAGUGCGAGCAAAAUGACAAGCCCUUCGACUUGAAGGUCUCAGAGAAGUCUGUCAUUCAACAGGCUGGCCCUGCGCCCGUCAUCGAGAUCAUCACCAAGCUCAACGUCGCAACCAAGAUGCCCAAGUACAAAUGGCCAGGCAUGGGUAUGAACUGGAACACUUGGGGCCAGAAGGACGACGACCGGAAGUCGGCGUUUGGAGGCACCAUGGGCAUGGGUGGCGGCACUGGCGGCUUUGCGGGCAUGUUCCCAGGUGCCUAUGGCGGCAUGGCAGACUCGGAGUCGGAGUCGGAUUCGGAAGACGAAAAGGACGACGAGAAGAAAGACGGCGAGAAGAAGGACGCCAAGGACAAGAAGGAGAAGAAGCCAGUGAAGCCAUCGCUGGACAACAAGCGCAUCAACAAGAUCAAUGCGACCAGAAUGGUCGUGCACUCGCCUUGGCUGCUGAAGGCAAUCCGCGACGUCGUGCAGUACUACCCUGCGCAAAAUCUGACUGGUGACACCAUUACCAUCCACGAGCCGUACCAUGUGCUGGCGCACCACGUCACCGAGCUCAGGGACCUUCGCAAUCGGUUGGCUCUCGAGAAGGGCAGCGAAGAUGACGAGGAAGACGAUGCGGCUACCACGUAUGAGCACCUGAAGGUCCUUCUCGACUUCAUUGAGCCUCACGUGGAGCGUACCGUUCUGCCCGCUCGUAGGAGGCUGAAGAAGGAGGAGGCGACCACGACCUAUGACGACCUCUGGUACCUGCUCCGUCCUGGCGCGCUCGCUUAUGCUCAGCACGACGACACAUGGAUCGGCUGUGUCAUUAAGAGUGUCUCUUACUCGGAGGAGAACGAAGAUGAGAAGAAGGCCACAGCGAAGGUCUGGUUCCUCGACCACACUUGGAGCAGCUCUAGGAUCUCUCGGUCCAAGACCGAGAUCGAGAUCCCUUACUUUGAGGGUGAGAAGGUGGUGUCGACCCUGAAUGUGUACCCCAGGGAGUAUCUUGACCGCGUCGACGGAGGCAAGAGGCGUGAAGCUUUUAUCGCUAGAGGCGAGAAGGCCCGCGACAUUGCGUACGCGGGCCACUCUUACCGUUUCUACGACGGCAGAGACAUGAGCGAAGACAAGAAGCACGUUAAAGGACCAAUCGUUGCCGAGUCCCAGUACCCCUACUGGGCAAACUUCCCUAACCACAAGUGGGGAUUUAGCAACCAGUAUGGUGACGAGGAGGGUGCCAUUAUCUACGACCAGGGCCACCUGCAGAAGAACAGCGUACCGCGGAAGCUCAAGCCACUGGAGUACGAUGCCGGCACGGCCACGGCUGAGGCGCUGAACGACGACCACCGCUUCCUGCUGUGCCCGGUCAUGGUCGGUUUCUCGCUGGCCAACAAGUCCUGGCAGCCGCUGAAUGUCGACUUCAUGACGGAUGUGCCCUUCCCGAAGAAGACGCCCGACGCAAACAUCGAGGCCGAGAACCUGAACAUCAUCAAGGCGCUCUCGUACCGCCAGACCAAGUCGAAGCUAGCGUGGUCCGCCGACUUCAUCAAGAACAAGGGCGAGGGUGUCGUGGUGCUGCUGCACGGCCCGCCCGGUGUGGGUAAAACGUACACGGUCGAGACGACGGCGAUCCACACGCGGCGCCCGCUGGUGGCGCUGACGAUUGGCGACCUUGGCUCCAACGAGUCGUCGAUCGAGGACGAGCUUGCGAGGUGGUUCGACCUGGCGACGCGCUGGCGCGCGGUGCUGCUGAUCGACGAGGCCGACAUCUUCUUGGAGAAGCGGCGCACGUCGGACCUGGCGCGCAACGGUGUCGUGACGGCGUUCCUGCGGCGCAUGGAGUACUUCGGUGGCUUGCUAUUCCUGACGACGAACCGCAUCGACACGAUGGACGACGCGUUCAUGUCGCGUGUGCACGUGGUGGUGGGCUUCGACAGCCUGGACGCGGCGACGCGCAAGGCGAUCAUGGAGUCGUUCUUCCAGAAGCUGUCGGACGAGAUGGGCUCGCAGAUCCGCGUCUCGCCCGAGGCCAAGAACUAUCUGCUCACGGACAAGGAGGUGGCCAACCUGGACUGGAACGGCCGCGAGAUCCGAAACGCCAUCCAGACGGCCAUUGCGCUGGCCGAGUACGAGGCCUCGGAGAAGGAGGGCUUCAGGGAGGAGGACGGCAUCCUCGUCGACGCGCACCACUUCCGCAAGGUGGUGGCUACGAACGGCAAGUUCAAGAAGUAUGUGGAGGAGACGAGGACGCCGGCGCCCAAGGACACGGACAGCGAGUGGGCGGACGUGUAA